AUGGAUGCGGAUCGCAUCAACAAGGGCGAUUAUGUCUUCAUUAGUGGGAGUGGCGUCCAACGCAUCGGGGAGGCCAAGGAAGGGGUGCGGCUGAGGCUCGAUCGCUGUCGGUUGGCCUUCACCGGUGGGCUGGUAGGGAUGCACUACGGCGAGGUGGUGCGGCUGAGCCCGCGCUCGAAGUGCUUCCGGGCCUGCGCGGACUACCCCGACCUCGACCUCAGCGGCGUGAGCUCCACCGGCGCCCACGACAACCGCGACCUCGUCUGCGAUAAUCGCAGCCAGCAGCUCACCAAGGACGAAAUCGCGGCGAUUCGGCAGGAGAAGGGCGUCGAGACGCUCCUCAGCUCGCUCGUCGAGCACAGCGUGACCUUCCAGGGCAAGACGAACUUCUCCAAGGAGAAGUACCUCGUCAAGAAGAAGAAAAAGUACGGCGAGUUGUUCAAGGUGCAGCGCGUGACAGCGGCGAGUAUGUGCGAGGUGCACGUCCCCAGCAUCGCCCCGCCCUGCGAGGCGGCGGAGGAGUCCCAGUGGGUGCGAUUGCGCGCGGACGCCGUCGCUCUGAUUUUGCACCACGCCGACAUCCAUGACGGCGCCCGCGUGCUCCUUUUCGAGCGCACCAACGGCGUCAUCCCGGCCUACCUUCUUGAGCGGCUCGGCGAGAAUGGAAAGAUCUUCCAGCUUAUGGAGAAAUCCGCGCAGCCGAACCUCUUUCCGGCUUCCCAGUUGGGUCUUCGGGAGCUGAAGCGACGCUGGAAGGCGGUUCCAAACAACGAGGACUUCUUCAAAGGGAAAUCAGCGGACCAGCCGAACAACGACGGGAGCCAAACCGUCUCUGAAGGGAACCCAAGCGAAACCACGUUAAACAGCCCCACCAAUCCUUCCGACGCCUCACAGUGGAUGAAAGGUUUAGAUGCGCGGCAAGAGCUCUUGGAUCGACCCGCGGACUCUCUUAUUAUUGUGGACGACAUGAACGCCGAAAGGCAGUUGACGUGUCUUCUGCCGUUUCUCGCUUAUGGCGGGCAUCUCGUGGUGUAUAGCCCCUUCACAGAGGACUUGGCUGCAUUAUUUCCAAGGCUUCGGAUGGACUUUGUGAACAUUAGGAUCUCGGAAACGUGGUAUCGGCAUUAUCAGGUCAUCCCACAGCGAACCCAUCCAACGGUGAACAUGAGCACCGCCGGGGGUUAUCUGCUAACAGCCAUCAAAGUUGAGCGUAAUCCGAAUCCCGUCCCUCGUUAUAUGCAGGCCCAACCUCUCUUUGACAACAACCGGGAAGGUGGAUUGCAAAACAGAAAACGGGAUCGUAACUCCGAGAAUGACUGCAGUGAAUGA